GAUCUCUUAUUAACAAAUCAAAAAUUUUAUCCAACCUUCUACCUACUACAAAAAUAUCUUAUUGCAUCUCAAAAUACAAUCUCCCUAAUAUUUUUCAAUAUAGAGUAUAAUAAUGAAUGUUUUUGAAAAAAUGAAAUAUAAAAACUCACAUGCAUGCACCCAAAGAGUUCACCUUAUUUUCUUCACCAUUUCCUAGCUUUCACUGUCGAUCAUCAUGAACAUCGCAACCACCAAACCACUCCUCCCAUGGAAGAUUCGCUUCGCCAUGUCCAUCCUCUCCGCCAUCACAUACACCACUCGCCGAACCAACGGCACUAUAAAUCGUCGUCUCCUCAAUUUAAUCGAUCUUAAAAUCCCUCCCAAAGCUAAUCCUAUCAACGGCGUCACUUCCUCUGACGUCGUUGUGGACCCCACACGCAAUCUCUGGUUUCGUCUCUUCACUCCAUCCUCCAACUCCGUCGUAACCGCAUCACUCCCGGUCAUUUUAUUUUUUCACGGCGGAGGCUUCGCAUUCAUGUCUCCGUCUUCAAUUACAUACGAUACUCUCUGUCGUUUACUUUGCCGUUCACUUAACGCAAUUGUUAUCUCUGUUAAUUACCGUCUUGCCCCUGAGUAUCGUUUUCCGACGCAAUACGACGACGGUUUAGAAAUCCUUAAGUUUAUCGAUCAAAACUACACCGUUUUGGGAGAAUUUGCAAACGUUGAGAAAUGUUUUUUGGCGGGUGAUAGUGCUGGUGGAAACUUGGCACAUCACGUGGCGAUUAGAAUUUCGUUAGAGAAGUUGAAAGUUUUGAAGGUUAUUGGAUUGGUUUCGAUGCAACCGUUUUUUGGAGGAGAGGAAAGAACUGAAUCUGAGAUGCGAUUGAAAUAUCAACCUGUUGUUUCAAUUGAUAAAACGGAUUGGUAUUGGAAGAUGUUUUUGCAAGAUGGGUCGAACCGCGAACAUGAAGCGGUUAAUGUAAGUGGACCUAAUGCAAUGGAUAUUUCAAAUGUGGAUUAUCCAAAUACGAUUUUGUUUGUGGGUGGGUUUGAUUCGUUAGUGGAUUGGCAAAAGAGGUAUUAUGAAUGGUUAAGGAAAUCUGGAAAGGAAGUGGAAUUGAUUGAAUUUCCAAACGCGAUUCAUGCUUUUUAUUAUUUUGAAGAUUUGCCUGAGACUUCUCAGUUUCUUUCUAAAGUUAAGGAUUUCAUUGCCAAGCAAAUGGUUAAUGAGAAAUAAAAGGUUUAAAAUAAUUUGUAAAAGUAAUUGUGGAUUAUGUUGAAUAUUUUAUAACUAUUGAAACGAAACCUUUGAUAAGUUGUAAGGUUCAACGUGUAAUUUUAAUAAAGAUGGAUGAAAAUAUAGUGGACUUUAAUAAA